CUGUUGAUGUCAUUCAUGUCAGCUGUUUGUUGUUUACUGCCAUAGGUUAGAAACGAGAAUUAAAACCCCAGAGUUUGCACAUAGUUGGGAAGUUUAACUUUAAUUUCGGUUGAUUUAAAUCUCCCAACAGUACAUGCGGUUUUUGUGUUGUAGUUGAACAUCUGCAGGGAUAUACCGUCGAUUUAUAUAGAAUAUUCUGUCCAAUCAAUAAAAACAGUGCUUUAAAAGACUUGAAAUGAUGGACGACGUUACUAAUGCAGACAACUGCAAUGGAGAAACGAGUAAAUGGUUAGGAACCAGUAUAAAGGAUAUCUGCCAAGGGAAAGGUCAUUGGUCUUUUGCAGUCACACCUGUGAUACCCUCAAAAUAUCACCAUGUUCUAUAUCAUAUUGAUGUUACAUUGCAAGAUUGCCCCAAACCACACAUUUCAAAAGAAAGUCAUCUGUGGGAGGAAGACUAUGUGCGAAUGCCAUUCUCUGAAAAGAAUCUGUUUAAUGUCACAGAGAACAACUCUGAAGUUAUUAAGGAGAGAUGGAAAAUAAUUGCUGAAGUUUUAUCAGCUCCAAUAUCAACAAGUCAAGAGUUUGAAGCUGCCUUGAGAAAGUAUAGUUCAAAGUUGCCUCGAUUAGAAGCUUUACAUUAUUUCUUUACUGAAGAAUUAGACAACGAAGAUGCAGACCACUUCUUUAGAAAUUUGUUACCGAAAAUCGUUACCCUGGCUUUAAAGUUACCAGUGUUAUUGCCAAAUGGGGUACCUUUAUUAAAACAAAAUCACAAUAGGUCAUUAAGCUUGUCGCAAAUACAAAUUGCGUGUCUUCUGGCCAAUGCAUUUUUGUGCACUUUUCCGUGGAAAAGCAAUAUUGCUACCAGUUAUCCAGGAGUUAAUUUUGUGAGUCUAUUCUCUGCAUUUUCAAGACCUAAGAGAAGGCAAUGCAUUUGCGAAAAAUUAAAAAGUAUCUGUAACUACUUUAGAAGAGUAACGCAUUCACCUCCUGUUGGCGUAGUGACUUUUGAGCGCAAAAUUAUUCCAAGAAGCAAUAUGCCCCGAUGGGAUACUUUGGAUAAUAAUUUAGGAAACACAAAAAUUCACAUUGCUAGUACUGGAAACAUAGAGGAUAACGGUUUGGGAUUCCUACAAGUUGAUUUUGCGAAUAAAAACAUUGGCGGUGGUGUCUUAAGAUAUGGCUGUGUUCAAGAAGAAAUAAGAUUUGUUAUAUGUCCUGAAUUAAUUGUUAGCAGGCUUUUUGUUGAGCAGUUAAGAAACAGUGAAGCUGUAAUUAUUACUGGAGUUGAAAGAUACAAUAACUAUAGUGGAUAUGGAGAUUCGUUUGCAUGGGCAGGUGAUUAUGUAGAUAAAACUCCAUUUGAUGUCUACGGGCGAAGAAAAACAACCAUAUGUGUUAUCGAUGCCAUCCACUUUAGUAAACCGCAUGAUCAGUACCAAAGUUCUCUUAUGCUUCGAGAAUUAAACAAGGCCUAUGUCGGGUUUAGCACUCGAGAGAACUGUAACGUGGCCCCCGUGGCUACUGGAAAUUGGGGCUGUGGAGCAUUUCAAGGCAGCAAACAGCUUAAAACUCUAAUUCAGCUUAUCGCGUGCAAUGCAGCAAACAGAAACUUGGUUUACUAUUCUUUUGGCGACGAGGAACUGAUGGAAAGUUUUUAUAAUAUGCAUCUGUUUUUGGGAAACAACCAAAUUACAACAGCCCAGCUCUGGAAGUUCCUUGGUCAGUUUGCCCAUAAAAACUUACCUGAAGAUAAGUUAUACUCGUUUAUCCAACAAGCGUACUUUGAUAGUAAGACGCAGCCAGCAAUAAGUAGUUUUUUUAGUAAAAUUACGCCAAAUAAUGCAGCCUCUAUAACCCCUUCCACGUCAUUUCAGCACAAGUUGAGAACUAGAUCGGAUAUACCAGAAAAAGAAAGAAUAACUAACGAAAGUAUGGAUUUUGUUAUUGAAACACCAAUCUUAUCAUCAUCGUCAUCAUUCGAAGACAUAAUUCCUUCAAGUCAACCAAGUUCUCCAUCUCGGAGGAAAAUCGUUAAAUCGAAAACUGGUACAUCCGCCGAAAGUAUAAUAAAGAAGUUACCAAAAACUGAUAUUGGAGAAAUAUUUGAUAUGUUGGAUGGAAAUGGGAAUCAACCAAAUAAAUCUGAAUCAAAAAUGGAUGAAGCACACUGCAAAGGCUUUUCGAUAACUGGUCAAUGUGACACACCAAAUACUAAAGAGUCAUUAGUCGAAGGUAAAUCUGAAAAAACUGAUAAUAGCUCUUCAGCUGAGAUUGCACAUGCAAAAAGAACAAUUAGAGAUUAUUUUACUAGGGCUGUUACAUAAACAAAUUUUGGGAGUAGCACGAUUUUUUCUACUGCAGUAAUAUACGCAAAUUAAAAUAUAUUAUUUAAAA